AUGGAGUACACAAUAUCGGAGACGGACACGUUGGAGCGGAUAGCGGCCGCGCACGAUUGUACGGUUGGCGAGCUCAUGAAAAUGAACAAGAUGGCGUCGAGAAUGGUGUUUCCCGGCCAGAAAAUCGUGGUGCCUUGUGUGAAUUCCGAUGACGUGUUCGAGCCGGCGUCGAACUCGCAAAAAUCGUCGUCUCACUUGAUUGCCGGCGGCGAGAACGCAGACGAUGGAAUUCGAAAAGGGCCUGGCGGCGCGGUGCCGGCGGCGCUGAAAACCAAGCGCGGCUCGUUCACGAAGACGCAAUCGGCGCCGGUGCCGCGCAACAGCACCGAGGAGAGCGAUACGGAUUGUCUGCAGAGAUUUCUCAAAAUUAAGGUGAAACAGAUCACCGAAUAUGAUGGAACCGUGUCGGGAACACUUCUCGUCACACCGAAUUGUUUGAUGUUCGACCCCGACGUUUGCCAUCCGCUUGUUAAAGAGAACGGACCGGAUUUGUAUGGAAUGGUGGCCAACAUGGACGAGAUUGUGGCGGUGUCGGUGUACAAAGAGGUCGGCGGGCUCACCGGCAACAAAGAGGAGAAGAAGCGCGACAUCUUUGAUCCCGAUCAUGUUCGGACGCCCGACACGAGUCCGAAGAAGGAAGCGGCGGCGACGCCGGCUGCAUCGAGCGCCGAAAUCGAGAUACCGAAGAAUGAGGUGAUAUUCGAGACGGGUGGCGAUUCGUCGAUUGAGGAGAUUGGCACGUCGCCGUCGAAACUUGGAAGCGAAUCGACGUUGCCGUCGAUCACCGAAGAGGCGAAAGACUCGCCGACGAUCGACGAGAGCAGCGGCUAUGAGGCGCCGAGAGAUCGCGCGGUGACGGUUGGCGAAAUCGAGGAGCAAUCGAGAAAUCGCGAGCGAUCGCGAACGUCGUCGGCGGCGAGCAGCAGCGAUGAGCGGCCGAGAAGCUAUUCGGAACUCGAUGCGCCGGAUUCGAGAGGCGGAAUCGGGCGGUUCUCGCCGACGGCGGCGAGACGUUCGUUUGGCAAGCUUGGCAGAACUUUGAGCGCCCGUGCCAAAUCGAUUCAGGGCACGGUCACGUCGGGAGCUGAGAAGGUCGUCGGAACGGCUGUGCAAGGCACGAAGACGGUUGCUCAUGGAGUGGUGACGCACACGAAAAGCGCGGCAGAUACCCUACAAACCGGUAUCGAAAAUGGCGUGAAAGCAGCUGCUGAUGUUGCUGGACGAGUUGUCGAUAAGGGCCAAUCAUUGAUGAAUGAGAGUAUUAAUGGUGUCACGGAGAUAUUCACGGUUCCCGAUGUUGAGAGUCAGGUGAAAAAGAGCCCGAUGGCGAUGAAGCGCGAGCAAUCAUUGGCGAAACUCGAGGAUUUGAAGCGACAAACGGCCGAGGCUCGUGAGAAUGCUGUGAAAGAGAAUAGGAAUAGCGAAUUUCACUGCGCCACGACCAUCGAUGAGAAUCCCGAUCUGUUCGCGUCGAUUGAUGAAAUAAUGGAGAGGAAUCGAUCACAGAGCUCCGAUCUCUCGUCGCCGAUUUUGCCCUAUUAUAUGGCGGUUCGUCUGACGAGGAAUAAGAAGAAGAAGUCGCGAAAAUCAUCGCCAUCGGCUUCAUCCGACGAGGAUUGUGCGUUUGGCAACAAAUUGAAACGGGAGUUUUGGUACGCAGUUCCACGCAAUCGCGCUGACAAUAUCUAUCAUUUCCUUCUUCAGUGGUCCCCGGAGAAGUACGGAUUGGAUACGACGACGAACGCGACGAGCGGCGGCGACGAGUCGUCGACGAUGGCGAACGAAUCGCAAGACAAGGGAUUCAUUGUGCUCGAUUCGAAUGCCGACGAAUCGCUAUCAGGUGCGUCGUUCGUUUGUAUUAUUGCGCCCCUAAUUGGUGGCGAAGAGUCGGCACAUGAAACGUUUCGUCCGCACACGGUUAUCAAGUGA